AUGGAGGGAUGUGAUUGCGAGUUGAACCAGAGCCAGACGCGGCGUCAUUCCGUCGUUAUCAGCGCCGCACUAGCUUCAGGCAAACAAGCCAAAUGGGGCAAACCGAGCAAACCUCCGCAUCGGUAUUCACGAACUAUUGGAUCAUCCCUGGGGUCGUUUACUCCAUACUACGGAAGCCGCCACCGCGACUGUUCUUUGUCUUGCUACGUCUCCUUUCUCACUCUGUCAAGCAUCUGGCCUAGAAUAGCUUCUGGGUUUAGGAUGGGAGUGACACGUACGACCCCCUCUCGUCAGCAGCAUGCGAGCGCCUCCACACCGACAGACGCUCGGGCUACACGCUCAAGAGCUGUGGCAAGCACCCCCACGUCGUCCAGAAAGCGAAAAGCGAAUGAUCAGAAUGUCACACCAAGCACAUCAUCAAAGAAGUCGCGUCGAUCAGCUCCAAAUGUUCCUACCAAAGAUUCUGUCGAGGUGGUCGAUCUGACUGGCGAAACUCCUAGCCCGCCUAAAAAAAGAGCUCGAGCACCAGCAUCAUAUGAUGAACCAGCUCCUGAACGCCGACUAAGAAGAUUCCGCAGCCACCCUCCCAGUUCAUACCUUGAUAGAGCGGCGCGUGCGCUAUCCCAGCGGAUGUUUGUUGUCGGACAUGCUGUCACAGAAGUCGACGGUGCGCCCGAGAUCUCUUUCGACAUCGUCGGCACCACUGGCAACAUCUACAAGACAACGAUAGGGAAGGUGCCAACCUGCAGCUGUCCGGAUGCUCGAAAAGGGAAUCAAUGCAAACAUAUCUGUUAUGUCAAGGCCCUUAGAGCGCCCCAGCAUCUUCAGUAUCAGUUAGCAUUCUUGUCGUCGGAACUUCGAGAGAUGUACAACGGCUCUCCCAUCAGCCGCGAGCAGUCCAACGCUGAAGAGAACAAAGAUGGGAACAGGAAGCCUGUUGAAGGGGACUGCCCGAUCUGCUUCAUGGAGUUUGAACCCGACAAGGAAGAGAUAGUCUGGUGCCGAGCAGCAUGCGGAAACAAUAUACACAAGACUUGUUUCCAGAAAUGGGCCGCAACUCAGCAAGCUCAAGGAGUGAGAUGCGUCUAUUGCCGUUCUCCUUGGCAAGCAGAUGCUGCUAACUUGAACCUUGACGAACUGGUCAAAGGGGCCAGUGUAGAUUCCGAUGGCUACGUCAAUGUGGCUGACCAGAUUGGCCUGUCUGGCAUUCGUGGUAUGAGACCAACCCUGUGA